AAAACAAAGGAAGUGGUCCUCAACCACAGGAAGCAGGAAGUGUCGGCUAGGUCCUCAGCUGAAGCCCAGGGACAUUGGGAUGGAGUCCGUGGCCCUAUACAGCUUCCAGGCCACAGAGAGUGAUGAACUGGCCUUCAACAAGGGGGAUACCCUCAAGAUCCUGAACAUGGAAGAUGACCAGAACUGGUACAAGGCGGAGCUCCGAGGAGCUGAAGGUUUUGUUCCCAAGAACUACAUCCGUGUAAAGCCACACCCGUGGUACUCGGGCAGGAUUUCUCGGCAGCUGGCUGAAGAGACUCUGAUGAAACGGAACCACUUAGGAGCCUUCCUCAUCAGGGAGAGUGAGAGCUCCCCUGGCGAGUUCUCCGUCUCUGUGAAUUAUGGUGACCAGGUGCAGCACUUCAAAGUGCUUCGAGAGGCCUCAGGGAAGUACUUCCUGUGGGAAGAGAAGUUCAACUCCCUCAACGAGCUGGUCGACUUCUACCGAACCACCACCAUCGCCAAGAGGCGGCAGAUCUUCCUGUGUGAUGAGCAGCCGCUGCUCCAGCCGACCCGGGCCUGCUUUGUCCAGGCCCAGUUUGACUUCUCGGCACAGGACCCGUCUCAGCUCAGCCUCCGCCGAGGUGACAUUGUGGAAGUCGUGGAGUGUGGGGACCUGCACUGGUGGCGGGGCCGGGCUAGAGGGCGCCUGGGUUUUUUCCCACGGAGCUAUGUGCAGCCAGUACACCUGUGACCCUACAAGACCAGAGGAGUGGAUGCUCCAGGCUCAGCCUCUUCACAACUAACCAGGACCGAAGUUGGUGGCCCCCAGGCUGAUUGCUGGGUUCUUGACAUCACCUGCUACAAGACCCAGCCUUUCCAGGCUUGAGGACCAAUUGCUAAUGGCUAGGGCCCAGCUCAGAGAGUAUUCCCUUGAGCAGCCACCUGCUGCCAUCUUCCAGAAGCACCCUUCAGGUUGUGCUAGUUACUGGGAAUGUGGGCUUAGCCCUGAGUGACCUGAACUUCCAUGAAGGCGCAGGGUAGUUUCUCUUAAUCCAACAACUUGGCCUUACCCCACCAGCAGUGGAUGAGGCUUUAUAGAGGUGAGUCCCAUUGGAAGAGGCCCAUUAGGGACAGAAGCCACACAAUAGGUCUCCUCCUGUUGGAUGUAGAGAGAGCCCAUCCUGGAGGCCUGGGCUAUGCUGGUCCUAGAGGAACAGACAUCUAUGACCAGCACUGAGUGAAUAUGAAGUCCAAGAGAGUGAUGCCUGACCAUCCAAGGGGGUGAUGCCUGGCCAUGGAAGGGAACCUGAGCUGUCUCUGCCCAGAGUGAAAGCACCUUCAGGUUGGGAAAAAACUGAGUCAGACUUGACAAGGCCUGGCAGGGUGGUAGACUUUGGGGACAGAGAGAGAGAGAGAGAGAGAGAGAGAGAGAGAGAGAGAGAGAGAGAGAGAGAGAGAGAAAGGAAAGAGGGCGAACAUGUGCCUCUGUAGUUGUCUAAGUCAGGCCGGCCCAAGACCCUUCAAGCUCUGAGCCUAGCAUACCCUAUACUCUGAACCUAUACCUGCAUAUUCAAAAUAAAACAUUAACCAGUAGACAUCCAA